AUGUCCCGUCCUAACGAAGAGCUUCCGUUUACAACUCUACGCCUUUCUUCCUCGCUUGACCUUCAUCGCAGCCGUGAAUAUACAGAUCAUGAUGCUUCAGAAUCUUUCCUCAAGCAACAAUCCUACAACUACAACCAAUCAACUAAUGACGAUAUGCCUCUCUCACAAAAAGCAAAGUCGCAGGAGCGCCGCUCACGCCUGGAGAUAGCAAUGAAUUGGGUGCGCUGGAGCGUAGUGGUGGUGAUGCAAUGUUUGACGAUAGUCAUGCUUCUGCCCACCAGCGGCGCAUUAAGUCAGGAGGGAUGGGCAGGGAAGUUGAUUAACGGUUUAGGAGGAGGAGAGGCCAAUUCAAAUCGGGGUAGUGGGCGGUGUCACGCGCCUGGCAACGAUAGUCGAGAGGUUUGGAACCUUAGCAUGACGGAAAUUGGAGGCGACGUAAAUGGACUUUUUGUUCCAGUAGCCCUACCCAAAUUUAUAUCGCUCGUGCCUGAAGUGGAGCGAUUUGUACCUAACAUGACCACCAAUGACACACGCAUGGAAAUCCGGGCGAAUUGGGACCAGUUGUUGCCAGCUGGUGGUGGGAGCGUGUCGAUCCCAGACUGGAAUUCGUAUCCUCUGCUUGGUAAGCCAUUAAACCAAGACUCUUCCAAGGGCAACUCGACGUAUGAGGUUAGCUGGACCCGUGCUCUCCGCUGUCUUUACUUUGUUAUCGACUCCUAUCAUCAGCUGACCCUCUCGAACGGGUCGCUUUCUGGCACGACAGCCACGCACGACGAAGCUCGCGCAGUAGAAUGCUUCGAGUACAUGCGCAGUCACAUAUUGUGUUCAGCAGACAUGACGCUCGAGGGCGAACGCACAGGAAGUGGACAGGGCGGGGAAUCUCACAUGUGCCGUGACCGAGACGAUGCGAUUAAAUGGAUUGAGAAGAGACGAGUUGGUGACAGUAAGAGCAUUUUUUAA